CAUGUCUUCAAAAACAAGCCUCUUCUCCAAGCAGCCAGACAAGCCGACCAAAUUGAUGAAAAGAUAAGACAUGAAAAAAAAAGGUGAUUCGCGUCAAUCGGAGGUAGUGUAAGCCCGAUGACACUGUGCUACAAGACAUGCGCAAGCACAGAGGUCCUGUGGCAAGAUCCAAAAAUGAGAUUAAUCAAUGUUGUGUUCCUUAGAACACUUUCAGAGAUUAAACUGAAAAGAACAGAUACUACACUUGAUCUAAGCCAAAAGGCAAAGAGAGCUGGAAAAGAAAAGAGAAAAGAAAAUCUAAAAUGGGUGCUGGGGGGAGACGCUUUUAUAGUCUCCUGCGGGGGGGCUGAGGGUUGCUGAGUCACUAGUCUCGUGAACAGAGUGUUACGCGAGAGCGGCUAUUCCUAUUUGAGGUAUUUCGU